AUGCGGCUAUCGGCUCCUGCUCUGGACGGGACCGCUGCCGGGCGCUCGUCCCUCCCGAGGCUCUGCAACGACACAAGCCUCGAGAACCUGCACCGCGGCACGCGGAACGUGUCCAGUCGGUACGCGAAGAUCCUGGCCCUCGUGGUGUCGCUCGACGCCGAAGGCGUCGACGCCGUCGUCGAAUCCGGUCUUCUGUAUCGUUUGGGUCGCGUUCGUCAGGUCUACGCGGACAUGGACGCAGCGAUUGUCUCGAAGUACGCUACACUACCACUACCCUACUACCAUCAUGCUAGUACUGUACCUACCCUAGUUAUGGCGCGGGCGGACCCGGAGAAGUGGACCGCCUUCGACUCGCCGGGCACGGUCGGGACCACCGGCUACCCGCCCUUGGACCACGCGAAAAACCUGCCCCUGGUGGACUACUACCAGGCGCGGCAGCCCGCGGGCGACGCGCGCGACGCGACGCCGGUCGCGCUCUGCUCGUUCGUCUUCAAAUCGGCGGCCGGCGGCGGCGAGCAGUUCACUCCGGCGCCAGCGCCCGCCGCCGCGCCGGCGGCUACUCCGGCGCCGGCGCCCGCGCCGGCGCUCGAGGAGGAUUCGGCGUCCACGGCGCCCGUCUCUCGGGCGCCCAGCCCGUCGCCGCAGUACGCCGACGACGACGACGACGACGACGUGCUGGCCUUCGACCCGGGCCUCGGCCGCGGCGACAAGGCCAAGGCCAAGGAGGACGUCGACGAGUUCGGCGUGCCCGUCGCCGCGCCGGCGGCCGCGCGCGAGCGCGGCGGCCGCAUGGCCGUGUGGUAUUACGCUACACUACCACUACCCUACUACCAUCAUGCUAGUACUGUACCUACCCUAGUUAGGCUCUCCUUCCCGUUCCCCCUCCUUUAUAAUCAGUUACUAUCUUAUGACUGCGCUACCGUAAGGUAG